AUGAUGACGUGCCGUCUGCUGUGCGCCCUGUUGGUGCUCACCCUGUGCUGCUGCCCGUCCGUGGGCGCGACAGCGAGUAGUGGCAAUCAAAAAGCGGCCAACGUUUCAACGUCCCCUCAGUCACAGGGAGCAGGUGGUCAAGGCACGUCAGGUGGCUCAGCGUCGCAAAGUACGUCCAGUAAAGAACACACAGGAAGUGGGAGCCAAACGUCACAAGGAUUAAGUUCCGGGAACGGUACUGCACAAAAUCCAGAUGAAAAUGGAGCGGUAGGGUCAAAAAAUCCGGACGGUAAGGACCCGAAUUCAGGCACGACGACCGAUAUCGUACAAGAGACAGGCACGGGUUCGGCUCCGUCAGCGAGUCCCGAUCCAACAUCUCCGGGGCAUAUUACAGAACAGCAACCAAGUGUAUCCGCUAACCCAGUCCAACAAAUUCAAAAGGCAAAUGCGCCAACUACGACAACCACUACGACGACCACUGCGCCAGAGGCACCAAGUACCACGACUACGGAGACGCCAAGCACGACGACGACCCGCGCACCGUCACUUCUUCGCGAAAGCGACGGCAGCCUCAGCAGCUCUGCGUGGGUGUGUGCCCCGCUGCUGCUCGCCGUAUUCGCGCUGGCGUACACCACUCUGGGCUGA